UUUUGCCCUCCUGUUCCCGGGUCCCUCAGGCGGCCACCCUCGUGGGCACACGCCCAGGUGCCGUUCCUGCCCCGCGCUCCCUCCCUCUGCCUUUCACUUCCCAGCUGCCAAGAUCUUGGAAGGGAAUGGGGACUGUACCUGUCAGCUUACAUCUGUGUACUUAUGGGGGCAAGUGGUGAGGUCCGCAUUGGAAGGACCACGCAUCUCAUAGAAAUGGAACAGGCUCCCCCAUGUAAAACUUUUUCAGAGAAAUGGAAAUACGGUGUGCAAGAAAGACGACAACGAAAGAAGUUAAGAACAUAAAAUGCUCGGUCAGACUUUGAAGCUCAGCGAAGAAGGAAAAUCCAUUGAGAACAGUCUGUAAAGUGUUGAGAAAUAUCCAGAUACUACCUGCACUCUUCCUGUCUCCUGCUUAAACCUGAGAUUCUUCCACUGGGUUGCGUGGACGCUCAUUUUUUUUUUAAACACCUGUCUCCUCUACCUAGCAAGGCUUCAACUGUGAGGAAAUGUCAUUCCGAUUUGGCCAACACCUCAUCAAGCCCUCUGUGGUUUUUCUCAAAACAGAACUGUCCUUUGCUCUUGUGAAUAGGAAACCUGUGGUACCAGGACAUGUCCUCGUGUGUCCCCUUCGGCCAGUGGAGCGCUUCCGAGACCUGCGUCCCAAUGAAGUGGCGGAUUUGUUUCAGGUGGCCCAGAGAGUUGGGCUGGUGGUGGAGAAGCAUUUCCAGGGAACUUCUCUCACAUUUUCCAUGCAGGAUGGCCCUGAAGCUGGACAGACUGUGAAGCAUGUUCACGUCCACGUUCUUCCGAGGAAGGCUGGAGACUUUCACAGGAAUGACAGCAUCUAUGAUGAGCUCCAGAAACAUGACAAGGAGGAGGAGGACUCCCCAACCUUGUGGAGGUCCGAGGAGGAAAUGGCAGCAGAAGCCUCAAUGCUGCGGGCCUACUUUCAGUGACUGUGCAGGCAUGAAAGCAACUUGAACAAAUCCCAAGGCAUAAGGAAAUGGGCCUCAUUCUCUAGGACUCUGCGGCAUUGGAAAUGAAGCUAAGCAGACUUUAUUACAUCCUACAAUUCUGCAACCUUUUGUGAAGCAUUUUAUUACACUUGUGGAAGCCAUUGGGGUUAUGUUUCAAUCAUGAUGACUGACAGGCUAACUUCAAAAUAACAGCAUCGACAGCCCUUCCACACUUCCUGGGCUAUGUACUUAGAAUAGAACCUUUUCUAAAUUGUCCCUUGGCCUGGAUGGAAAUAAAAUGGCAGUUAAAAUAUUUAUCUUGUGUGUUGGGUAACUUAAAAAUUGAUAUUUUGGGGCCUCUGAAAGGCAUAACUGAGGAAGUCGAUCUGUUAGAACUACCGUGCUUCCUGUAACCAAAGGUUUCUUAAAGAUUAGAUAAAAUUUAGAGAGUUUCCAUUUUUGGUAGCAAACAAAACAGAAUAAGAGAUGCAUAACCUUUCCUCGGCUAUAUUUUCCUCCUGCCUUGGGUGCAGAGAGGCAGAGCUGAAAGAGCUUAAGAUGGCAAAAAUGGGCUUCAGGAAACUAAUAAACAUGUAAUGAGGUGAUCAGACACCUCGGACUGGGCUAUCUGAGUGGCAGGAAUGUAACGAAAGGGAAUGGAAAAGCUCUUGAUAUUGGCUGAGGAAGCAUGCCCCUUGCCCGUAACAGUCAAUUUCUUUAAGGAAGGAUGACAGAAGUAGGCUCUUUCUUUCCUCUGGUAUAUUAAUAAAAGGGGAGAUUUGAGUUUAUAAAGAAAAAUAAAACACAUCAAUGGCAUUGCAAUAAAGAACGACAA